AUGCGAACGCGUGACGAGCCUCGAUACGAAAGGGACGUGAAGGCCCAAGACCGAGACGAGGACGCCCCAGCGCGUCGGAAGCGCAGCAUUCCCGACGAGUUUUUCGCUGAGACGGACGCGAAACGACCCGCCACCGAGCCAGACGCUGCGAUGGAGAUCGGUACUUGCUCCCCCUUUGCGGAGGAGAAGAAGCCGCCUCGGAAGCGCCCCAACUACCUCCAGCACGACGACAGACGCAUCAUCAUCGAGCGCGUCGCCCGUGGAGAGCCCCAGGCAGCGUUGGCUCGGGAGUAUGGUGUCACCCGCGCUGCAGUCUGCCAGAUGUACAAGAAACGAGAGAAAAUCCUCGCGCGUGGAGGCGGCGCGCUGCCUUCACAACAGCGAGGAGCAACUGCUGCCUCUGCUUCUACUACCGGUACCCCUCCUGCAGUCCGAAAGCCCGAAGUCAAGCGUGCGCCAGUCGCUAGAAGAAACGCCGAUGCAUUGCCAACUGUGCAAGGAGAGUCCAAGACGGUGAAGGCCCUGGUGACGACCUUACGCAAUGAAAGGACAAGUUCGGCUGCUUUCCAACGAGCUGCAGCUCGACUAACCUUCAUCUUGAUUGAAGCAGCUCUGGCUAGUUACGAUGUACCAGAGACGGAUCAAAUAGGUUGUUUUGGUUGCGAUCUCUUUGAGCUUACACAGCCCUUGUCCGUAGGUCAAAUACACGUGAAAGCGGUGCAGGAUAAUGGGACUACGAGCUGGAAACUGCAUUACCUAGAUGUGCCAGACAAUAUCACGCACGUUGAGGUUCUGCUGUUUUCUACGUUCGGAAACGGCGGGGCUGAAUCCAAAGCCAUCGAGGUGGGUAAAGCUACCGCCUGCUACAGAACUAGGUAA